UUGCGCGCUAUACAAGGCACAAACUUACACCGCUGUACUUGCUUAAACAGUGUUUUAGCUAUCGCUACUACUAGUGUCACAUAGUUAUGAUUAUAAAAAGUGUCAAUCUUGCGGAUGUUGUUUUUGUUGUUCGGACUCAGAUCAGAUCAGCUAUGUUUCUUUUCAACGUUUGAUAUCAAAACCUGUUAUUGUUAGUCAUACCCUGGACGACAACAGAAGCUGUUGACUGUCUUUCUUUGUGUUGUGCCAGUGGAUAUACUAUGUUUGAUCAAUAUUCAUCGACAUCUUUCGCGAUUAACUACAUGUUUCUCAAGUUGAAGAACCAUAAUCCGUCGAUUAAGAAAUAAUCAUUAAAAAUUCAUCGAAAAUAGCAAUUAGACGUUUAAGAUAAUCAUCUUAUUUUCAAACUUGCGUGAUUCACCUCACGUGAGCACUUUGAAUAACUUAACCUCUAAAUGCAACAGCUUUAAGAGGCUUAUGCAGGAUUUGCUUUGACUCAUUUCGUUAACCUUUGAUCGGUGUUCCGAUAUUGAUUGAUCGGUACAUUGAUGCUGUCGUCUGCUCGUAUUCCCGUUUUGUUGGCGCGUAAAAGAGAGUGUACAGAAGAAUGUUAACGACAUUGAAGUACACAUUUAUCCUGAUGGUGGUCCUACUCGAAUCGCAGGACAUCACGGCUUUGCCUCGUCUCCUUGCGGGAAAUAACCUAGACGAUGACAGCGACGAAGAGAACUCCAGACCAGUGAUACCAUGGAACUACAGAGCAGACAAAGGUCCCCACAAAUGGGGGCAGAUGUUCCCCUACCAGUGUGCCGGGUCGAUGCAGUCCCCCAUCGCUAUACAGACCAUCAACACAAAGAGGAAAGAGUGGGCCCCUCUGGAGCUAAAUGGGUACGGCGAUACCGACGGAAAAAGGAUGACUCUCACGAACCUCGGAACUACAGGUGGGUUAAUUGUUGGCAGUGAUGCGAUCCAUGAAGCUGAUGAAGGGACGGUGGUGGAUGAUGAUAUUGAUAAUGGUGGUGAUGUUGAUAAGGACUAUGGCGACGAAUGUUAUUAUGUUCAUGCUGAUGGUGAUGAUGAUGGCGACGAUGAUGGUUAUAAUGAUGACGGUGAUGUUGAUGAUGACGUGGAGCUUAUGUUGGAGGGCAACUAUACGAUCCGUGGAGGAGGACUUGGGGGCACCUAUGUAGCUGACCAAGUGCACUUCCACUGGGGUUUCUCCAACGAGCAGGGAUCCGAACAUGUCCUGGACCGCAGAAAAUAUCCCGCAGAGAUGCAUAUUGUUCACCACGAGCAGUCGUUAAUAGGAGAUAGUAUCUUUCACACACCAGGCGGGGUAGCAGCAAUCGGUGUCUUCAUCGAGAUCGGUGAGAAGAACGAUGCUUUUGAAAAACUAGUGAAACACUUAAAAGAAAUCAAAUUUAAAGACGAAUCACAACUUGUGACCGAACCUAUUCGACUCACCGAGCUAUUCCCUAAGAAUCGAAGCCAGUUCUACCGUUACAUCGGCUCCUUAACCACGCCCCCAUGCUAUGAGGUAGUCACGUGGACAGUCUUAAAACAACCAAUCACAAUAUCUCGGGAACAGAUGUCUGCAUUGCGUGGUGUUUUUGAGACAACCCGCCACGCCUAUGUUUACCGUACUGAGACACCCAUACUGCUGCAGAACAACUUCAGACCUGCGCAAAGCAUCAACGGUCGCGACGUUUACCGGUGCGGAUUCUGAGGGAAGGCCGUCGAUGGACUCGAUUGCGUUUCUCUGCAAUAGUUCACAAAACGACGUAGUACAAAAACACACUUUGAAAUGAAUAGGUAAAACUUACCUAUUUCAACAGAUGAGGGAUUACGGAGCUAGCGCCUGGACGUGUUAUUUUCCGCCAUAGUAAUCAGCAUUGUCACCAUGUUAUAGCAACGUUCUUGAUUGUAGGUUUCAUUAUGACGCCUAUGCCGUCACAAAGAAAGCAAUUUGUAUUGUCAAUAAAAAUUAUACUCGGAAUAUGCCAUUGUCACGUUCGCACAUGACUGUAUUUCAAUCAGUGAUACACAAGGUUAUUGAAAUUUGUAUUUUGCUCUGGAAGUUAUACAAAAAUACCCUCCAACUUUAUUUAGUAACUCAAAUAUGCUUAAUCCAGGUCAAAACAAACCAUACAUACAUUUUUAAAUCUAAAUAAUUAUUCCCUCCUUCAGAUGCAAUGUAUCCAACAUCAGCUCUGAAAUCCUUCAUUCUAUUGAUAGAAGAGGGUUAAAUUUAGUUUAUCAUAAUAACCCAACAACUGGACUCGCUCAGUUAUGAUCAUAAUUAUCAAGAAAAUUAUGUUAACAACAAAUAAUACAUUACGUCUUUACCUGUUUGACAUGAGAUAAUAGAAAAACUCGCUAUGUAUUUGUAUGUAUAUUAUGCUGAAAUUUACUAUCUGUGUGUUGAUACUUGAUAGCACAGAUGUCGAGCAAACCUAGCUAUAGCAUACUCCUUCUCUGUUAGGACUUUUGUUUUUGUCGUGGUGAUUACUCAAUAUGUGUUGUACAUUUACAUCCUGUACAUAGUUUGUUUGUGUCAAACGUCUUGUUGUUGUUCUCUCUCUCUCUCUCUCUCUCUCUCUCUUUCUCUCUCUCUCUC